AGCCAAAUCUUAACUGUAAAUAAUUAGAAUCGGUAUUGUAAAUCAAAAAGCAGGCACAAUACAUGUUUUCUCCAUUUCAAAAUACCUAUAGUCGUUCACAAAUAUUUUUAUAUUAGUUUAUUAAAUCAAAAGGCCAUAACUAUUUUUCAACUUGAUUUUUAUUUUCUCUAAAUAUAUUAAAGUAAUAAUAUUAAUAGAGUGAGAAAUAAUUUAACCAAAUAUAACUUUAUUUUUCUAAAAUUGAGAUUAUUUAUAUUUUUAAAAUUUUAAAAAAUGUAAGUAUUGAUUGUAUCUUUUAUUUUAUUUUUAAACAGGACAUUGAAGGUAUCGACAGAAAGCAUGGCAAAUUAGUAAAUUAAAUGUAUGCUACUAAGAAAAGUUUUGGAAAUUUGAACUUGCGUACACAAAUUCAAUCCUUAAUAUUUUAAUUUAUUCCAUUUAAUGAAAGUAUCAGAAAAGAGGGAAUUAAAGAAAGCACAUGUCCGUGAGAGACCUUUUUUUCCCUAUAAUUCUAUAAUUACAAGUACAUUGAAAUCAUGGUCAUCUACGUACAAGAGCGAAAUUCAACAAAGAACCACCCAAUAAUGAUAGUAUAAUGCUAAUCAUCAAUUAAUGCAGUAAUAAACAAGCCCAAAGCAAAAACAUGAAUAGAGAACAAAAGAAUAGAUAAAUAGAAGUAACUCAACAAAGACCAGGGCCCGUCCGUCCAUGAACAAAAAUAUCAACAACUAAUGCGCUUCAACGCGGAAGCAUCAUAACUCAUAAGCACGAAUCCUAUUUUUAGUUUAGUAGCCUCGUAAUUAAGCCAAAGCCACGGCGACGAAGGUUCCAGCAAGAGCAGUGGCAGCAAUGAAGGUUUUGCUGAUGGAGAAUGCAGCAGAGGGAGGCUCAGCCGCUGGUUGGCCUGGAGCUGGGCCAUUUGGGCCUGCAGCUGGGCUAUUUGGGCCUGGUGCAGGUGGUGAAGGAGUGCUGGUGCUUGGGGCCUGCGCUGGAGUUGUGGAGGGUGGUGGAGGAGUAGAAGAAGCGGGUGCUGACGGGGCUGGAGCAGGAGAUGGUGUCUUUGUGGUGGGUGAUGGGGCAGGUGCUGACGUGGGUGGUUGCAAAGGUGCUGCUCCUGGGGCUUGUGCUUGUGCUUGUGCUAUGCAUGAGGUGGCCAAAAGCCCCAAUAUCACAAACACUUUAACUGCACCAAAACCCAUAUUGUUGUAAUGGCUUUCUAGCGUGAAAGAGAUCAAACACCAAAUGUUUCUGAAAAAUUGGAUUCCUCCGGAG